AUGCUGUUGCUGAGGAUAAUUAUAUUUAUUAAUUAUGAUUAUCGUCGAUUAGGUAAAAAGAAAAGUGACCCAAAAUUGCAGCUAGACAGAGACAAUGCGAGAGAAAUAGAAGAGAACGAUACUGAGAUACCGAAAUUUAAACACGGUCAGGAGUUAGAGAAACACAGACGGAACAUUCGAGAGAUAAUCACCUGGUCCAAUGCGACGCCGAUUCGCAGUAGGGGGGGUAUCGGAUACGCCUGCUGUUUUUGUGCCGAUCAGUACCCAGACCCGGCGGAUCUGAAGAGGCACACGAUCGAAAACCACGACGACAAAACCAAAAGCACCUUCAUGAAGGGCAAAGACAUGUACAGCUACUUCGUGAAACUGGACAUAACGUCUUUAACUUGCAACAUAUGCUUCCGUAACAUGGACACUCUUGAAAGCAUCAUGGUCCAUUUGAAAACUGACCACGACAAGAGUAUAAACACUGAUAUUAAGAACCAAAUCCUACCGUUCAAGUUUGAUAGCGAAACGCUCAGGUGCUUCAUCUGUCUGAACGUCUUUAACAAAUUCAAAGCGCUCCAGGAGCAUAUGCACACGCAUUACAGGAAUUUCAUAUGCGACGUGUGUGACGCUGGCUUCGUGAAUCGGCAUAUUCUCCUCUGUCAUCGAGAGGCUCAUAAGACCGGCACGUUCGCAUGCGACCAGUGCACGGAGGUGUUUGAGACUGUGCGCAAAAUGAAACAGCACGUAAGAAAGAUACACAACGGUCUCACGAUGCCGCACAAGUGUGGUUACUGCAGUGAGAGGUUUAAAGAGAACUUUCAUAAGUACGAGCACCUUGCAAAGGUACAUGGUGUGGUGGGUCCAGCUAUUAAAUGCCAGGCGUGUGAUAGGACCUUCACCACACAGCAGACGUGGUUGCUGCACACGAAGAAGUAUCACCUGAUGCAAAAGCAACAUAAGUGCUCCUAUUGCGAUAAAGCCUUCUUUGGGAAGAGGGAGUUGAACGAUCAUAUAGUGAAACACACUGGGACUAGAGAGUAUCGUUGUGAAGUCGAACGUGGAGUAAGGGAACCAAAAGCGAACGUGAAGAUUGCUCAGCGCUCUAUAACAACGAACGAGGCUAAGAAAAACCAAGCGAAUUUAAGGCACAUUCUUUUGAAUUCUAACGCUAACCCCAUAAGGACCAAAGACAGCCUCGGAUACGUGUGUGGCUUUUGUCCGGAACAGUUCUUGGAGCCAACUGACCUCAAGAAGCAUUUCCUCAACGAGCAUAAAGACGAGAGGUUCAUCAAAUUCAUGUCCACCAGACUCUUUGAACAUGUCGUCAAGCUAGAUAUCACGUACUUAAACUGCGCGCUGUGCAAAAGAGACCUUUCUAAUUUAGACGAACUACUAUCCCACCUGAAACAACAACACGCAAAAGACGUCCAUACGGACAUAAAAUGCCCCAUCCUCCCCUUCAAAUUCGACUCGACAGAACUCCGCUGCGCCGUCUGCUCCACGGAGUACACCAAUUUCAAGUUGCUCCAGGAGCAUAUGAACAGCCACUUCGGUAAAUUUACUUGUGACGUAUGCGGGCAUCGAUUCAUGACCGAGAAACUGCUGCUGAGUCAUGAGAGACGGCACAAGACGGGUGAAUACAAGUGCGACCAGUGCGAGAAGGUAUUCAUCAAUUCGGGUAGGCUCCGAGAGCACAAGAACCGGGCGCACUUCGGUAUGGCAAAACGGAAUAAGUGCCAAAUAUGCCUGGAGAAGUUUAUGGACUAUUGGAAGAAGGUAGAUCAUAUGGUGCAAGCCCACGGCGCGCAGCCAGUAGUGCUGAACUGCCAAGCGUGUAACAGAGUCUUUCAUAACCAACGAGCUCUAUCUAGGCACACGAAGAAGGACCACCUGAUGGAGAGAAGGCACAAGUGUGAGGAGUGCGACAUGACGUUCUUCUCCACGAGCUGUUUAAAACGACACAUGACGAAGCACACUGGUUCGAGGGACUAUCAGUGCGAUAUAUGCUUCAAGGCGUACGGCAGAAAGACUACUUUGAGGGAGCACAUGAGGAUACACGCUGAUGAUAGGCGCUUUGCGUGCGGGCAUUGUGGGCAGGCGUUUGUCCAGAAGUGCAGUUGGCGCAGUCACAUGAGGUCCAAACAUGGCGAAGAACAUUAG